AUGGACAUGGAGUCUACCUCAUCUUCAAAAAAGCGCAAGGACCCGCUGCCGGCUGUUCAUGGACCAGAAUAUCAGAAGAAGAAGAAGAAAUUAAGUGUGCUAAAGCGCAUGAUUGAUGCAGUUGCAGCUGACCCUACAGCCUCCAGCCUCCUAAUUGCAUCAUUUACUUCGGAGGGCCAGAGGAUCUUUGUAGGUCAUAUGGCAGCCAGGAUCCUUCCCAAUCUACCACAAGAUGAUGUUGCUUUGCUCCUGCCCCAGCACGAGUCCGAUAUUUACAGCAGCCUUCUGCAAGCUUGCAGCAAUGCAGAGCAGCUCCCGCCACCGUUGAAAUCCAUUCUAGAUUCUCUGAAAACUGCAAGGAAGGAGCGGAAAAGUGCUCGAAAAUCACUCAUCCAGGCACUGAUGUACACCGGUUCGGGGAAAACACAGCGAGUGCUGCGUAUGGAAAACACCGACGUGCUUCGUGUUGUGUCGCUCCAAAAACCCUAUCCUCCUUUGAAGCACUGGAUUUACGAUAGUCCCCAGAUCGCGGAAAAAUGGGAGAAAAAACUUCAGCAGGACCCACAGCCAGACCCCCGGCUUUGCCGGCGGCCUAUGCAUCUCCUUGACCCAUCACAGCUAAAAUUCGACAUCUUACCUCAUCAAAGUUAUGUUUUGCGCACUCCAGAACCCGAUAACCGGCUGGUUGGAAUAGUUCUGAGGGACUUCUGUCCUGCUGAUGACCUUCUGGAUGCUCUGCACGAUAUCAUCCAACUGUCUGUGGGUGCCCGCAAGAGCAUUAGGAUCCAGGAAAUCUUGUGCAAAUUGGCUAUUCAGCAGGUGCCCGAAAGCGAUCUGGAUAAAAAGACAAGCUCCGCAUUUGCAUUGUUGUGGAACUUAUGCAAAAUCAUCCUCCCGAAUGAGGUGAUUGAAGACUUUGAUGCAUUCAUGAGAAGGGAGGAUAUGGUUCAUAUGGGUGCCCCGGAGGAUGCAGCUGGACAUGCUAUUGGGAUGGGCCCAGCACUUGGAUCAUACACAGUGCAUGUUGGGGAUGUUGGCUUUGAAUUCCAUGAUGUUGAGAUGGCACCUCCAUGUGGGGUUAUGGCACAAAACUAUGCUCGUGCAAUCCAUACUGAACAACAGCCACACAAAUGGGCUAUUUCAUUGACAAUCCGCAGCUCAUUUGGCCCUCGACAAGGAGGGGAUUUUUAUUUCAGCAGAUAUGGUGUGCGAGUCCAAAGUGCAGAAAAUACUUUGGUCUUAUGGGACCCAACGGAGGAACAUGAAACCAGCCUCCAGAACAUCUCACCAUAUGAAGAUUAUCCAUCAUCUGUCCAGACUGGGCUUGCCAUUGUCACCCCAGAUCGUUUACCAGGAGUCUGGGGGGAUUACAAGAGAGGAAAGCAGUUCAGACUUCUCACACUCGAUCUUCAUGCCGAAUCCGGGCAGCUCGCCCUCCGCGAAGCCGGUCUUUACGACGAGUUUAAGAAGUACGCUCGUCCGGAGGGUGAUGCACUCAAAAUCGUCAACCCAGCAGGUACCGUCUUAUGGGAUGAGAACGGAGGCGACGCCCCACUCACUUUCGAGACCGCUGGUCGUCCCGAAAUCGAUCGGAUUGAUCUGCGGAACAUCCUCUUGAAUUCACUCAAACCACCCCGACGAUUUGAAGAGGAUCAUCUUGGAGAGCAAAGACGGACUCAUUCCUCGCACGCUAUACAUGCUACCCACCGGCACUCAGUGGAAUUCCCAUCCUGGAGUGACCCUCAUAGGUGA